UCAUCCUCAUGCGACCCUCCCGGAAGUGUGUGUUGGGAGCCAAAAUGGCGCCGGCUUGUGUCGCGGCGGCUGCAGCUGCUGAUGUCGGUUAAAGAAACUGGACCGAGCCGCACCGAGAGCCAGAACCAGAACCGCAGAGGCACCGAGGGGCCGUCAGAAAGCGCGCCAAAGCCCGGAGCUCCGUUACAUGCUGUGGUCAUGGCGGAGCGGCGGGUGCAGUGUUCGUGGAAGCGUCAUGUGUCGGAGCAGCUGAAGCUCAGAGACCGAGUGCAGCGACACGCCUUCGAGGAGAUCGUCCACCAGUAUAACCGCCUGCUGGAGAAGUCGGACCUUCAGACCGUUCUGUCAGAGCGGUACCAGACGGACAAGUAUGACGUCCAGAGAGGACACGAGACCAGUUCUGGUUCUGACCCGGGUCGCAGUGAUGCCCUGCAGCAGGAGAUGGCUCAGAUGAGAAUCAAACACCAGGAGGAGCUGACGGAGCUGCACAAAAAACGAGGAGAGCUGGCUCAGAGCGUGAUCGAACUCAACAACCAGAUCCAGCAGAAGGACAAAGAGAUCCAGAACAACGAGGCCAGGAUGCUCGAGUAUCAGCAGCAGAUCGCUAACCUGGAGGGAGACUGUCGGGACUUGAGGAGCUACCUGCAGGACCUGGAGAGGGCAAACCAGACCCUGAAGGACGAGUAUGACGCCCUGCAGAUCACCUUCUCUGCUCUGGAGGAGAAAUUGAGGAAAACCACAGAGGACAACCAGGAGCUGGUGUCCAGGUGGAUGGCCGAGAAGGCUCAGGAGGCCAACAAGCUGAAUGCAGAGAAUGAGAAGGACAGCCGACGCCGACAAGCCAAACUACAGAAGGAACUAGCCGAUGCUGCCAAAGAGCCUCUCCCCGUUGACCCGGACGACGAUAUCGAGGUCCUGGCUGAGGAUGGAGGGAAGGGAGGUGGAGAGACAUCCCCCAACAGACCGCUCAGCAGGACUCCAAGUAAGAAGAUCUCUCAGCCUCCCCCUGGUGGUCUGCUGGACUCCAUCUCCAACAUUUUUGGCGUGUCUGAGUGUGUUCAGCCUGGACUCGUCCCACCACUCUCCAGGCGUCGAACUGCCAACUCUUUCAGCACUUCACCUGAAAACACUGAAGCACCUUCAGGAGUCUGUGCUGAGGUUCGAGUCCCGUCAACAGCGCUGCAUGUCUUUGAAGCUCACGAUGGCGAGGUGAACGCCGUGAGGUUCAGCCCUGGCUCUCGUCUCCUAGCAACAGGAGGGAUGGACCGCCGGGUGAAGCUGUGGGAGGUCGUCGCUGGUCGCUGUGAACCGAAAGGAGCUCUGACCGGCAGCAAUGCUGGAAUCACCAGCAUCGAAUUCGACAGCGCCGGAUCCUACCUGUUGGCGGCCUCGAAUGACUUUGCCAGUCGGAUCUGGACUGUGGACGACUACAGACUGAGGCACACCUUAACAGGUCAUAGUGGGAAGGUGCUGUCAGCUCGCUUCCUAUUGGACAACGCUCGAAUCGUCUCUGGGAGCUACGACCGAACACUCAAACUGUGGGACCUCCGCAGCAAAGUCUGUAUGAAGACAGUGUUUGCUGGCUCCAGCUGUAAUGACAUUGUGUGCACGGAGCAGUGCGUCAUGAGCGGACACUUUGAUAAGAAGGUUCGGUUCUGGGACAUCAGAGCUGAGAGUAUAGUUCAGGAGCUGGAGCUGCUGGGCCGAGUCACAUCUCUGGACCUGAAUCACGACCGGACCGAGCUGCUCACCUGCUCCAGAGACGACCUGGUGAAGAUCAUCGACCUGCGCACCAACACUGUCAAACAGACUUUCAGUGCUCAGGGCUUCAAGUGUGGAGCGGACUGGACCAGAGUCACCUUCAGUCCUGAUGGCAGCUAUGUGGCCGGAGGAUCAGCUGAUGGCGCUCUGUACGUCUGGAACGUCCUGACAGGGAAGGUUGACCGGACUCUGGACCGAAACCACAACUCUGCCAUCAACUCUGUGUCCUGGUCUCCGUCGGGAGCAUACGUCGCCAGCGUGGAGAAAGGCAGCAAGGCCAUCCUGUGGUCUGACAUGUGAUUGGCUGAAGCCUGAUGUGGACUGCAGGCGGCGGGGCCACAGAGCCUGAGGACUCUUUUGGAGGAGUGGUCAGCUGGACUGAAUCAGACCAGCUUCACUUCAUGUUUACGUUUUAUCUUCGAAGCUUUUAAUGUUCAGAAAGCAAAGUUCAACCAGCUGGAAGUCAAAGAUUGAGCAUAUAAUCUUUAUUAACAGCUGAACAAUGAACACAUCCAUGAGAACACUUCACACAACUCCACUGUCCUCACUAAUGUGUGUGUGCGUGUCUGUGUGUGCGCGUGUGUCUGUGUGUGUCUGUGUGUGUGCACGCAACCAGAAUUAAAAUCACAAUAUCCAACAAACUGUUUGACUUCAUCCACACGACGAGUCCACCUCCUGUCCAGCAGUCUGUGUUUCUGUGUAGAUUGUUAGCAUGGGUCAGAGGUCAACAGGGGUCAGGUGAGGUCAGUAGAUGUCAGGUCAGGUGUGGACUGUUCUGACGGUUUACAGUCCAGGAGCAUCUCGUUCUUCCAGCUUAAAUAAACAGACGUGUUUCUCCUGCAGCUGUUGAUGAACUGCACGAUGAACAAUCCGCCAACA